ACAGCAGCAUUACGCCAGCGCUUUUGCCGCGUUGGGAUAUAAACACCAGUUGUACCGACCAGUACUCACUGCUGCUCCUACAUACCGAUUGACUACCAUACUCGAUAACUACACCCGCGCAACCACUACCAACACCGAUAGAAAACGAUACAGAAAGAUACAGAAAAAUAACCAGCAUGCCGAAUAACACUUCCAAGGAGGAGAUGAAGCUCAAUGAGGAGAAGCUGAAGAACUACGAGCCGUCGCAGUUUAAGAAGGGACACGAGCCACCGAUCCAGCACGACACCGCGCCGGGGCUGGAGAAGGACAUGAACCCUCGUCCAGUAUACAACAAGCUCCCCACAGCGGACGGGGGCUACGAGCUAUACAAAGCGGCCGGCAAGCUGGCGGGGAAGAAGGCAUUGAUCACGGGGGGCGACAGCGGGAUCGGGCGAGCGAUCGCGGUGCUGUUCGCGAUGGAGGGGGCGGACAGCGCGAUCACGUAUCUGCCGCAGGAGAUUGAGGACGCGCAGGAGACGAAGAAGCUCGUGGAGGGGUGUGGUGCGAAGUGCUUCCUGUUCGAGGCCGAUAUUAGCACGGCCCAGGCCUGCAGGAAGCUCGUCGAUGAUGUCCUCAAGCAAAUGGGCAGGGUUAAUGUCCUCGUCAAUAAUGCGGCGUAUCAGAUGGAGGUCGAGAGUAUUACCGACUUGUCGGAGGAGCAGUGGGAUUAUACGUUCAAGACCAAUGUUUACUCGUUCUUCUGGAUCAGCAAGUACAUCGUCCCGCAGCUGAAGUCCGGCGACACGAUCAUCAACAACGCGUCGAUAAACCACUACAUCGGCAAGCCGAACCUGCUGGAUUACUCGUCGACCAAGGGCGCCAUCGUCGCCUUCACCAGGGCGCUGUCCAACCAGCUCUGUGGAAAGGGAAUCCGUGUAAACUGUGUUGCCCCUGGACCGGUGUGGACUCCACUGGUGAUAUCGACCAUGACCACGGAGGAUCUGGAUUCGUUCGGAAGCACACCUAUGGGCAGGCCGGGACAGCCGAGUGAGAUUGCUACGUGCUUUGUGUUCCUUGCCAGUUCGGACUCGAGCAUGAUCUCCGGCCAGACGUUGCAUCCCAAUGGAGGAAGCAUCAUCAACGGUUAGGCGGUCGGUGAUGGAUAUGACGGGUAAUGGUGGGAUUCAUGGCCAUAAUAUAGUAGUGCAAUGAGCAAAAAUGAUUGGAUGUUUCGAUGAAUAGCAGAGUCUCCAAAGGUCUUUGAAGUUUGGAGUGCGAUCACUCGUGAUGACGUCGACGCGCUAUGUACAGUGCCCACUCGGUAAAAAGCGGCGAGACGGAUGCGGGGAAUUGGAAUUCUAGAACAAAAUACCAUGCACGCACGCAUGACGGCGGGCAUGAUAAGCGAAGGUGACGAGACGUGCACAAUUCCGGCGGCGAAUUUGCGGCGACGACAACGCGGGGAUGCAUACCGGCGGCGAUGGAGAGCGUACAC